AUGGCUGAUUCAGUUGUUAAGUACUUAAACGACUACGGAAUCAAACUUCUCCACUCUACGCCAUAUUAUGCACAGUCCAACGGCCAGGCGGAGGCUAGUAAUAAAGUCAUCUUUGGCAUCCUCCGCAAGAUGUUGGAGUUGAACCCACGUGUCUGGCAUGAGGAACUCUACCACACCUUGUGGGCUUACCGCACUUCAAAGCGCGGCCCGACGGAUACCAUCCCGUACGCUCUCAUGUACGGCCACGAUGCCGUCCUUCCCCUUGAGCUCAAUAUCGCUUCACUCCGCGUUCAGGAACAGCAUCAACUACUUGGCGAGGAUUACGUCCAGGCCAUGUGGCAGGAACUUGAAGAUCUUGACGAGCACCGCGUCACCGCUUUCAACAAUCUCGUCCUCGAGAAACAACGCAUCGCACGUUCGUAUGAUAAGGUCACGCGCGGACGGAGCUAUGCUGAGGGCCAGAAAGUGUGGCUCGCGGUACUCCCACUUGGGGACAAAACCGACGGUCGGGGCAAGUGGUCCGCUCGAUGGGAAGGCCCCUUUAUUAUUCAUCGUAUACUUCCCAAGGGGGCAUACCACCUGCGCGACUUGGACGGUAUCAUUCAUCGCAAUCCUAUUAAUGGCCGCUUCCUCAAGCGCCACAUUGCAGGAAUUUGGGAACGCGAGGAUCCUCCACCUCCCCCAGACCCCGUCACCACAGUCAAUAGUGCUACGCGCCAUCGCGUUCUCGCUCCACCGCCUAACACUAGGGGGCAAUCCGGGAUAGAAGACUGA